AUGUCACUCAAUGUACCCGAAAGCAAUUCAAAGCUAGCCUUGCUGGGUGUGGUCAUGUUUACUGUUGGAGAAUAUACCAAUUUCUAUCACCAUCUCCUGUUGCGAAAUCUUCGCAAAAACGAAUCAAAAGAGUACAAGAUACCAUCAGGAGGGCUCUUUGAAUACGUCUGGUGCCCUCACUAUUUGAGCGAAAUCAUUUCGUUUGUUGCCAUGGUACUUGUAACACAGCAUAUCUUGAUCUUGAUCCUGCAAUUAGGAUCGGCUGGUUACCUAGCAACCAGAGCUUACAAUACCAAAAAGUGGUAUAGCGAUAAAUUUGAUGUGAUCCCAUCUCGUGCAUGUUUGAUUCCAUACAUUUUUUAA